AUGGGCGGAUGUUGCAUCGAGGGGUCCAUGAAGUUGCGGGGAGGAGAUCGACUCUUACUGCUGUCGCAGGUGUCGCAGGACAUGCUCGGGGUGGGAGAGGGCGAGGCGGUGGAAGAGCAAGUGAGGCAUCUAGCGCAAGACCCCGAGAUUCGAAGAGUGAUCGAGCAGGCUAACAAGAAGGACGUGAUGGUGUACUGGCGAGCGGUGAUGGAGUUCAAGCGGAGGUGCCGCUACUUCGGCAUCCCGGUCCCCGACGACCCGUACCUGCUGGAUGGCUGACACGGACCAAGCACCAGUGCAUCAUCGUGCUCCGUGCCCCUGUCAUGUCGUGUUGUCUCUUGUUACAAUUUGGCGAUGCAAGUGUCACUGAAAAUCGUUGCGGGGUUAGUUAUCGUGCCUUCCCUUGAGAAGAGCCCAGGUUAGUUUUGCCGCAGGUGCUGCAUGAGAGAUCCUUGUCGGACGUUCACAUCUGACUAGCUGGCUCCUUUGGGAUCACGCGCGCCCCCCUGCCGACCCGUGUAUCCGGCCUAUUAAUAGAGUAUCUAUCUAACGAUUAUUUUAUUCUUUUUUGUGAUUGUUCGUGUGUCGGUUGGGGAUAUCUUUAUCCCGUGCCAUGUCAUUUAUGUCAUGUCUCGUGUGCUCCUCCAUGUUGGUAGUAGUAUGGUUGGCGGGUGUUCCUAUGUUGGCGUUGUUGUUGCUGCUGUCGUUGUUGUGUUCCGUAUGCACCAGACUACUGUAGGCAGCUUGCUACAGGACAUGUAGUUUCCUUUUUUUCAGUCUUCGGUACCCUAUGCGGCAGGUGAAAUCUCUUGGCAAAGAUGGAAUAAUUUAGUCAAGUUGUGUGCUUUGUAAUGGGGUUUGUAAUGGGAGGGUCCCGCAAGGUGCGGGUGAAUCAACCUGGUACAUAC